UACUAAGAAGGUAUAUUUCAUGAAGCACCAGCAAAAAAAGAUGAGAAAUUUGUCCACCAUGAAAAUGUUAUGUGUAACGAUCAUUCUAAGCGUUUUUGUCUACAGUGUAAUUUUCAAGUAUGCAUUUAUCGGGAAAAAUGCAGGACUCCAAAAAGAAUUCUUUUUCAAAGAGAUCGAUGAUGAAAUACGUGAUGAAAUGUCGUAUGCAAACGAAAUAACUUAUGCAGGCAACAUGAGGAAUGCAGAUAAAUGGAUUAUCGUAACGAGUAUAUCAUAUCCUACACAAGAUGUCAAAAGUUUGGCAAAUUUACCAGAAUGGCAGCUGUUGGUGGUGGCAGACACAAAAACGCCACCAGACUGGCAUUUGGAUGGUGUUAUAUUCCUUAGUGUGGCUGCCCAACAAUCUCUUGGUUAUAAGAUUCUGGAGCAUAUUCCAUAUUCGAGCUAUACCCGAAAGAAUAUAGGAUACCUUUACGCAAUACAGCAUGGUGCAAAACUUAUUUACGAAACAGAUGACGACAACCAUCCAACUGAUAGUCUUAAAGGUUUUAUGACAGCCGAGACGAUGUAUGGUGUGGUACCCUCAAGUGCUACGACCGUUCUUAACCCAUAUGCUUAUUAUGGACAGCCAACAACAUGGCCAAGGGGGUAUCCCUUGGACAACAUCGGGGACAAUAUAUCCGGCGAGUACAAUGCGGUCCAUUGGAAAACAGCACUGAUACAACAGGGGGCUGUUAAUGGAGACCCGGAUGUCGAUGCCAUCUACCGACUAACCCGCAAAUCAAACUCGAAAUUAUUAAAUUUAACGUUCGAUGAGUAUAUGCCGCCUUUGUUUUAUCCAAAGGGGACAUUUGUUCCAUGGAAUUCGCAAAAUACCUUGUUUCUAUAUGAUGCAUUCUGGGGCCUCUUAUUACCUUCAUCUGUGACAUCCCGUGUAACUGACAUAUGGAGAAGUUAUUUCACACAAACUCUAUUAUGGCUCAUUGGUGGCCAUUUAAGUUAUUUGCCUCCUAAUUGUUACCAGCUUCGCAACUCUCACUCAUAUAUAGAUGAUGCGAAACAAGAAAAGAAGUUUUAUGACCAGGCCGGUGAACUUGUCCAAUUUUUAUUUAGUUGGAAGUGUAAAUCUAACAAUCUUCCAUCGUGUAUUCAAAUAUUAGCAGACGAUAUGGCUCUUAAGGGAUUCUGGGACAUUUCUGAUGCUAAGGUAACAGCCGCAUGGUUGCAAGAUCUUUUUACAAUUGGUUACGAGUUCCCAAAAAUGACAUCAACGAGACUCAAUGAGCCUAUUGACUUUUCAAUCACUCUUCAAUCUGAUAACAGAUUUGCAGUGUCGAUUCCUUCAAAACAACUUUAUAUCGGAGAGAAGAAAUCUAGAAUCAAAAAUCUCUAUUACAAAACAUGCUAUCAGGCUCACGCAUCAAUAGUAUCCACUCAGAAACAAUUGACACACCAAAAUCCCAUUUUGUUAUUGAUAAUAUUCAACACACCACGAUAUGAGAACAUUCCUUAUUUGGAAUCAUUGUAUGACGGCCAUUUUGUAAAAACAAUUUACUGUGGACCGGAACCACCGAGUAAGGCAGUCCUCCAUGAGUGGGAAAUUAAUUUCAUUACAUUCAACGCAACAAGGCAGCGAGCAAAGAUGGAUCCACCGGGUAGUUUUAACUAUGAAUGUGUACUCAAGGUCAUGAAGCUCGGCAUGAGGGUGAAAGGAGUCCUCUCGAUAGCCGAUGAUGCUAUAAUGAAAGUCAAAUCAAUACGUACUCUGCCCUUAGACGAGAUAUGGCACAAUUCAAAAGGUUUUAUAACGAAAGAGGAUUUUCUUAAACUUGUAAAACAUACUCCCAAAUUUAACAAGAACAAACUAGUUAAACGUAAUCGAAUUUAUUAUCCAAUUGCGUCCCUUAAAUAUGGCAGUAUAAAAUCGUGCAACUCUUCAAACUUACAAGGCAAAUGCACACUAGACCCAUUUAGCCAAUUCUUCAUAAGGUACGAGACUAAUAUAAAAGAUGCCAUCGAUGAGCUCUACCAGUUGCAAAGCUCAAACGAAAUAAUCAAAACAUUUCUCGUUGGUCUACAAAGAAAAUUGCUCGGUGAGAAGAGGGUGGCAAAAAUGGCAACGGACGUGUACUAUAUACCACAAAAACAUUUUCAAAAGUUUAUCUCCAUUGCCGAAGUGUUCUUCAAGCACAGAGUAUUUCUUGAGAUCGCUGUUCCCACGAUUCUACAUUCCAUCGGUGUGAAUGAUAAUAAGUUAGGUGCGUGCGCAUACAACUGGGGUUAUGGCACAACCCGCGAUAAACCUUUGCCAAUAUUCCAAGCUUUUCUGGACAGCUUUCUAGUAUUCUUACACCCUGUGAAGUUGAGUAGCAUUACAAAGGAAAAUAUGAACAUGGUGGAGCUAUUCUGUGCUGCUUUGAACAGCCAUCAUUUUACGCAUCCUUUUGAGCAGUAAAUGGUUUCUAAAAUAUGAAUAAUAUGUGACAAUGAGCCUGCAAGACCAAAGAUGAUCAACUGUUUUGUCAACCAUGUAAUAACGUAAUGCAUUAUUUCCCAAAGACAUUUAAAACAUAUGCUGCUCUAGACUAUGCUAUGCCAUACAAUGCUGUGCUAUAGUAUGCUGUGCUUUGUUGUGUUGAUAAGCUAUGCUACGCUGCGGUAUACUUUGCCGAACAGUGCUGUGCUCUGUAAUGCUAUGGACUGCAAUGCUAUAUA